CACCAGGUUUCGCCUUUGCAGCGGGUUUUUUGCGGCAAUAAAUUUAUUUGAGUUUAACAGGUGGUGCUUUUUGCAACAUUUUUUGCUUUUCGGACCUUUUUUGGUUUCUCCACCACACGCGCGACCGUAUUGGUUUUUUCAAACAUAAUGUUGUCCCGCCUCGCCUUCAGUACGCCUCUAGUCUCUUUUCCACGACGACGGGUGCAGUCCACCAAUUUUCCCCACAAGAAAUCGAAGGGACCCUCCCGAGCGAUGUUUCUCCAGACGAGAAGUUACAUCCGGGCUCUUUUCUUUCUUGUGAUUGGCAGCGGAAGUCGGAACAGUGGGCUGUGGAACAAGUUGCUUCCGGUUGAUAUUAGCUGCAUCCUACCUGUCACAGCAGCUAGCAUGAACCGGUCGUGGAUGACGACGGCGUGGUUGCCCGCAAGAACCUCUGCAGAAUUGGCUAGCCAAACUACAGCUGCGAGAAACGCUUCUAAAUUAUCCGCGACCGGCUCAGCGGCCUCUACCUCUGCUUGUUCUACAGGAGUAGUAGAGUCCGUAGUACCCGCAACUACAUCCUUUUCCAGCGCAAGCGAAGACCGACAAAGAAAAGUCAACUUCAUCGGGAAGGAUGAACAACAAGAACAACUGGCACCACCAGCCUUUCAAGAAUACGACCACCAGAAAAAUCAACAUCAGAAAACCAGCGCUGCAACCCCAUCACCAUCAGCAUCCCGGGCCUCCUCGUCGUCGUCCUCGUCUCGUGCGGCCAAUUAUUCUGCGGCUUCGAGCGACGGCACCGCUCCGUACGAAUUUACCCUUUUGAAGCACCAGGCCGCGGAUGCGGUGAGUCGAUUACGUCUUCAACGGGCGUUGGCGUACAGAAGGGUGAAUUUCCAGUGAAUUUGUAUUGCGUGACUUGCAUUUACUUAAAAGAGAAGUGCGCUACGUAUGGACACGAGCCCAAGCAUCCCACAUAGCCUGAAGGGCUGCUCGCCGCGUGGUGGCGCUUGCAGCACCAAAAGAGGUGGUCUUGCGGGGGCUCGCCGGGCUGUGUAGUGCGUAUUUAGCGACCAGAGAAGGUGGGUCGGGGGGCUCUUAUGCUUCUGCGCGUCUGCCUCAGAAGUUCCUCUCCGGAAUUGUCGAAAGGCAAAGGAAGGGCGACGCCUGAACACAGGGGCACCCACUAGCUCAACACGUACGCUCUCACGGGCUUUGGCUGUGGCGUGGAGUUGGACAUCUGGGAGUAGCCUCGGGUGGAAGGCACGACUCGGCCGCGGGCACUAGCUUCCUUCGCCUGCUGUGCCCUGCUUACAACUCCCCAGGUGUGUCUUUGUCUCCGGAGUGAGACAUUUUCGAGGUGGCUCCCAGGUCAAGAUUUCUCUUGGUGAAUUUUGAAGCUUUUUGCUUUUGCGACACUUUUUUGAAGCCCCAAAACCCGGAGUUUCCCACGCGCUAGCGAAUUUCGAACAGGAGCCGGAGGACAAAAUUCACCGGCGCCCUUUUCAAAAUUCACCCCAAAAUUCACCGAGCGCCACUUUUCGACCGUGAUAAGCAAAGUCUAGCGCAAAAAAGUGCUCAAAAAAGCGCGCGGGUAGGCCCUGGGAAGUGGGGCCGAGGGGAAAAGACAAGCGCCCUCUGCUGCACUCGGCCCGUCUAUAUUCUGCCGAAAAGGCCUGGAGAGUUCACGCGCCUGCCGGGUAGAGGCGUCAAAGCUCUCGGCCUGGUCCUCUCGCCCUUGCUUUCUCACCUUCUUGCCUAAUUUGCAUGCGCUUGCUCGCAGCCUUUCUUUUUGGCGUCUUUGCCGCGGCUGCUACAGUGCUCUUAUGCAAGCACAGGGAGGCGCAUAGACAUGGCCAAAGACCAGCACCCAGGCCAUGUCUAGAAGAAGUUGCCCGCCGCAUAAGCCUUGACUUCUGCGGUGUGCAGAACCCACUUCCCAGAAGGGCAAGAGGGAUAAUGCCCCGGCGGACUCAUCUGCAAUCUGUCAUGCAAAAUUCACUACAAAUUCACCACUUCUCAUGCUAACGGGUGUUAAAGCUGUAACCUUUUGAAGCACCAGGCCUCAGGCAGACAGGCCCGGGCGAAUUCCCGCCCUAAUUGAAGCCUAAAAAUUUGCUAAAUUGCGGCGGCGCCGGGGCCCCGGGCAAGUCCCCCGGGCCCGGCGCCACCUGGGCCCGGCGCAGUCCCUUGGCCGGCCCCUUCUAGAGUUUCGGGGCUUGAAUGUUGGGGCCGCUUUUCCCGUACCCCGUCGGACGCCGGGCGGGUCGCCCCUUCGGGGCGAAGCUUCGCGCCUUGGGCUGCCGGCUUCGUUUUUCGGGCUCCCCCUGGGGCCUUUCGGUUUUGGGCCAUGGAGGGCGCAGGAGUCCGCUAAAUUUUCCGCUAAUUGCCCGCUAACCCGGCCCCCAAAUCGCCCCAAAAAUGCCCAGAACCCUCUUGCUAAUUGGGGGGGCUAAUAGUCCGCUAAAUUUUUGGCCCCUUCUGAUUUUGGGUCUGCUAACCCGUCCGCUAACCGUGCGCUAACCUAGCGCUAACAGUCAGCUAAUCUGUUGCUAAUUGCGCAGGGUAUCGGAAUCCCAAUGCGAUUUCCCUGUGCUCCAAACGCACAGGGAAAAUCCCAUUGGAUUUUUGGCCUUGAGCAAAAUGGGGGGGUCCAUUUAGCAGCAAAUUAAAGCCCCGGUUAGCAGACAUAUUAGCAGACCCUGAAAAAAAUUAGAACCCAAUUAGGGGCCCAAUUAGCAGAGGGAUUCUGGGACCUGGCUGUGCCAUUUAGCAGACUCCCGGGGGAGGUUCUGGGGGCACUCGGGGGGCAAAUUAGCAGACAAAAUUAGCAGACAAAUUAGCGGUGGUGGGCCCGGCCAUUUAUUGUUGUGUGGUGUUGGCCUGGUGUGUGGGUUCUCAAUGCUGGGUGGAGGAGGUGGGCUCCCGGGUUUGUUUUCCUUCUUCGCCUGUGCCUCGUCAAUCGCGGCGGCCUUCCUUCGGGCGCCGCCCGCCUAGCUCCGUCUGCUCCCGUUUUCGUUUUGGGAAUAUUUUCCGGUCUGGGAUGGUUUUCAAAUUAGCAACUUUUUAGGGCCCGAUUAAAGUUGUUAGGUCGCCCGGCCUCGUCUGACUGACAGGCCGCGGAUGCGGUGAAUCGAGCAGCCCGCGACUCAUAUUGUACGAAAAAGGAAAGAAGGCAGGGGCGCCGGCAGAAGUCAACACGCGGGAGCGCCCGGGCCAGGCUUUACAGCGCCGGCUAUGUAAUCCCGGGGAAAAGUAAAGCAGAAAGGGCCAGGGGGGGCUGGGGUGGGGUAUCGGGAUUGCAGGACGCGCGGGGCCCCAUGGUGUGGCCUCCGUGAAAAGCCGGGCGCACCUUCUGCGGGCUUGCCACGUUGGCUUGCCUGCGCAAAUUUUCUUCGAUUUUGUUGCAGAAGAGAAAAACCCGCAGCGCCCAAUCGCCGAACCGGCUGCGCAAUUUGUGCAAAAUAUUUCCCAGCGGGGCCCGAUACCGUUGGCGCCCUUUGGGGUUUUUUGGUAUCAAGUUCGCCCAGUCCCUUUUCGCGAUUGCGUGCGGCCGUCUGUGGGGGCGCGCCCCAUUUCCGCUGAGGCCCACGCGUUCAAUUGUGGCCCGGCGAGCUGCCGCCCCAAUAGAAAGGCCGCAAAGUUUCGGCACGCCGCGUCUGUUUCGCGCGGGAUCCUGUGAUAGAGAAAAUCACAGAGCGCCGCUUCGGGCGGCUCUGUGACCACGAAAAUUUUUCAUCGGACAGGCCGCGCGAUUACCAAAAAGCAUCCGGCCGCCUGUGGCGGUGUUCUGGCUUUAGCCAGCGCCCUUGCUGGCUUUAGCCAGCACCCUCGCUGGCUUUAGCCAGAGGCCGGGGGGGUUGAAUUUUGUCGAUUCUCCCUUCAUAGGCACCGCUCCGUACGAAUUUACCCUUUUGAAGCACCAGGCCGCGGAUGCGGUGAAUCGAUUAUGUCUUCAACGGGCGUUGGCGUACAGAAGGGUGAAUUUGCAGUGAAUUUGUAUUGCGUGACCUGCAUUUACUUAAAAGAGAAGUGCGCUACGUAUGGACACAUAGCCUGAAGGGCUGCUCGCCGCGUGGUGGCGCUUGCAGCACCAAAAGAGGUGGUCUUGCGGGGGCUCGCCGGGCUGUGUAGUGCGUAUUUAGCGACCAGAGAAGGUGGGUCGGGGGGCUCUUAUGCUUCUGCGCGUCUGCCUCAGAAGUUCCUCUCCGGAAUUGUCGAAAGGCAAAGGAACGCCUGAACACAGGGGCACCCACUAGCUCAACACGUACGCUCUCACGGGCUUUGGCUGUGGCGUGGAGUUGGACAUCUGGGAGUAGCCUCGGGUGGAAGGCACGACUCGGCCGCGGGCACUAGCUUCCUUCGCCUGCUGUGCCCUGCUUACAACUCCCCAGGUGUGUCUUUGUCUCCGGAGUGAGACAUUUUCGAGGUGGCUCCCAGGUCAAGAUUUCUCUUGGUGAAUUUUGAAGCUUUUUGCUUUUGCGACACUUUUUUGAAGCCCCAAAACCCGGAGUUUCCCACGCGCUAGCGAAUUUCGAACAGGAGCCGGAGGACAAAAUUCACCGGCGCCCUUUUCAAAAUUCUCCCCAAAAUUCACCGAGCGCCACUUUUCGACCGUGAUAAGCAAAGUCUAGCGCAAAAAAGUGCUCAAAAAAUCGCGCGGGUAGGCCCUGGGAAGUGGGGCCGAGGGGAAAAGACAAGCGCCCUCUGCUGCACUCGGCCCGUCUAUAUUCUGCCGAAAAGGCCUGGGGAGUUCACGCGCCUGCCGGGUAGAGGCGUCAAAGCUCUCGGCCUGGUCCUUUCACUCGUUUUUUUGCGCCUUCUUCCCUAAUUGCAUGUGCUUCGCAGCCUUUCUUUUUGGCGUCUUUGCCGCGGCUGCUACAGUGCUCUUAUGCAAGCACAGGGAGGCGCAUAGACAUGGCCAAAGACCAGCACCCAGGCCAUGUCUAGAAGUUGCCCGCCGCAUAAGCAAGCCUUGACUUCUGCGGUGUGCAGAAUCCAUUUCCAAGAAGGGCAAGAGGGACAAUGUCCCGGCGGACUCAUCUGCACUUUGUCAUGCAAAAUUCACUACAAAUUCACCACUUCUCAUGCUAACGGGUGUUAAAGCUCUAAUUAAUCGAGCCCGCACGUACGAAUUUACCCUUUUGAGGCACCAGGCCGCGGAUGCGGUGAAUCGAGCAGCCUUUCUUCGUCGUCAUGGACCAAGUCUUCAAGCAAAAGAGCACCAAUCCUCGAUCCCGUCGCGUCGUGCUGGGACGUCGAGCAGACGAGAUGAAAGUACUUCUAGAAAUUCCAAUUCUCUACUAACUGGCAGUAGAAUUAUCCGAAUCCCCGGAAAUCCAAACGCUCAGCCUGAGCUAGUUGCCGGCAAUACUCACGGAACAACCGCCACAGGACGAGAUACUGCCCUCGACGCGGCCCCGCGGAGACGCGCCUCGAACUUGACGCGGCGGGCCGAGAAUGAACUUCUCGCUGCGCCGGCGCAGGAUCGCGUCGCGCUAAGACAAAGUGCGGCCUCGUUCGCACACACGUUCGUCCAGCCGAAGCAGGUUUACAACUCUGCAAGUGGCCCACCACCUGCAGCUUCGCGCCCUUCUACCGCGAAGAUUUCUGCAAAGUUACUCACUUCCAGUGCGGACAAGAAAGAUGCCCCACGGGUGCGGAGGUCGACCUGUGGGGGCGACAUGGUGUUCCGAUCGUCCGGGCAACGACCGAGGUGGACGGUGUCUUUGUCUUGCCUGCCGCAAAGCUUGCUGCGACUCCGUUCACUUUUCAAUUUCAGCGCAACACCGAACGGUCAAGCGGGACGGGAGGACCAUGACGGCGGUGUCGGUGUGACAUUGCGGCAGACGGAGUGUCACUGCCCCUGCAAGCCAUACACGAUGCUUGCCAAUUGUAUUGAUCCCCCGAUCGCCAGUGUCUCGCCCGCGUUGGUCCGGCAUCGGGUUUGAAGUAGAUAAUGUCUGUUUGAUUGUUUUCUACCGCAAAGAGUUUUGGUUUUGGAUACAAGAACACAUGCACUUUUGAUAUUGAUCUACUAGAGGGAGGCAGGAAGACGUUGGUUUCUCCGACUCUGUAGCCUACAAAUUAUAUCUCUUUGUGCGCGAGGAAAGAUUGUGCGAACAGAAAACUUCCGGUCCUGACUUCGACUUCCUUCAGAUGCAGAUACGGCAUCACUGUUCCGCGGAAACGUCGAAACACGGAUGAAUUUAUUUAUUAACUUCCUGUCAUGUCUACGACUGACAGCAACGCUUCGGCUUCGAAGUUGACUCGAAUUUUGGCUGCUGCAUCAUACAUUGCUGGGGAAAGACCCUCAUCGCAUGGAGGUGGAAGAAAAUUGCUUUCAUACGGUGUGCAGACGAAGACA